UCCACUCCCGAUACGGAUCAGCCUCCGGCUCAAUUGCAGACUCCGCUUAUGAAGAAACUCAUCCAUAAAUUCAAGGGUACCAGGAAUGGGGCGAAGGGCCAGAAAAGGGGAGUUUGUCCAACCCAGGGCAUCAGCGACCUCGGCGAGGAUAGCUCCAAGCACGUCGUGUAUCCGUGUGAUCCUGCCUUAUCAUCAGCGCCGACGGCUGCGUCUGCGCCAGUCUAUGAUGCGAACCGUCGGAAUGCCUCUUCGCCAGUUGAUCCUCAGGAUGAUGUCGGGACGUUCUCCGGGUUCGACUCUUGGCUUUCAAGUUUCAUGCCAGACCCUCACGGCGGAGGCAUUGCGGAAAUGCCCGUUCAGCCAGUGCAUACCGAGUUAUUGAAUAUGAAAGGCUUUCCUCCAGGGGACUACAUCAAUCUGACUCUCAAUGGGGUCAAAAAGCCCAGCCACGCCCAGAAAUUCAUUGUGACCAUCCAUGGGCCCUGGUAUAUGACCCUCAAGCAAGUUAUCCAGCUGCUAGAAGAGCACAAGUUCGAAGCGCCCGUCUCCGCCAAGCAUGCAAGUCUUGCGGUGCCCAACUGGAACCCUAACAAAGCCAUGCCUCAGGAGUUCCAGAUCCUCGCCGUUGACGGGCGGUCUUGCUAUGAUAUGAAUGCCGGAUCAGGGCUACUUAUCAACAGGGACGAACCUAUCGGCCGAUUCACUGAUACCCUCCGUCGCCUGAGAAUUCGCUGCCAAGAAGGAAAGGUAGUGGCGACGUCGUUUCCUGCACAGCUCGAGAUUACGUUCAAUCGAACUUUGAGGCUGCCGGAGGACGGUAAGAUACAUAAUCAGCCUUCCGGUGUAGGCCACAUUCCAGUCACGAAUAUCGCAUGUAUUGCGGAGAAGCUGCGGAAUUCGGGCAAUGCCAGCCUGAGGGACAUGGCCCGCAAAGGUGGAGUGUUCUUCCCGAUGUAUCAACGCGAAGCGAUGUUUAUGUCGUUCAAAGCCACAAAAGAUAGCUUCGCUGUGCGGCCUUUUGUUGGCGGCGUUAACGCUGUUUCUGGCCUUCCGUGGAAUGCACCCCAAUUUCAACGGUUGUCAAAGCAGGACUAUGUGUCGGUGCCGCCGCAGGAGUUCGUUGAUGGCAUUGCUGUUGGGCAAGAUGAGGUCAAACAGUUCAUUGCGAUGCCAUUGGGUUCAGGCUACUCCGUCGAAAAACAAGUCACGGGCAAGGAAGACGUAGGUGGUAUGCAGCUCGAAAUCAUUCCAGGAAACCAAUGGCGUGUCGGGCCGCAGGGCGUGGAGGAUGCCUCACCAUACGACACGCCGCGAAGCUUGAACACAGACAUCGCCGUUCUUAGCUGGACAAACCUGGAGUUGAUGAAGGGUUCCACCCUCGACUUAUCUCAGAGUGCGGGUAAUUGGAUCGAGGAACAUCGUCCGAUUUACAUGCGCCAUCUGUACGGUUCACAGGUCAUUGCUUCCCCCCAGACAGGUUAUAUUUACCCGCAGCCCAACGUGGCUCCGGGCUUUAUUCCAUGGCGACCGGGAGCCGAUGUGUAUAUGGCGGCGAUAUAUCGACUCAACAUAACGCUUACAUAUGUGGAGCGUGGCAUACAUUGCACUAUGUCUGUCGAGUGGCCGCCUUGGUGGACGGUUGAAGCCUGCUUUCAAGAGCGAGCACAGGCAGGAGUCAAGGUCAUGGGCAAAUUUUUCGACGAGGGGAACUUUGGGCUGCUUUACCAGGGCAAGCUCCUUGGUUCUGGCUCUCUGCAGGAGCAGGGCAUGGAGGACAACUCGAUCAUUCAGGUGGUGAACCAGGCUGUGUCUCCACGGCCCAUGAACCCUACUCAAAUGAGGGCACACCCUUGGCACAAUCGCCACCGCAACAGCAAACCUCUUUGCGACACGGGUUGUCCCCUUGUAGGGGGCCUGCCCGGACGGAAAACACACUUACUUUCACCUUCCACUAUGUAUGACGGGGCGGGUGGUCCCCUAGCUUGGAUGCCGUCGGGUUCUGCUGCAUUGAAUUUAAGAUUUGCGUAUGGUGGCCCCGCUCCAAAAGAUCAAAGAGGUUGGGAAAUGGGCAUCGCCGCUGGCUCACGCAUCCGCCAGGUCAUCCACAAAGACCCCUUCAGUUGCGUCACAUGGUGCAAGGCCCGGGCGACGAUACUCAGCGUACAGAUUCUCAACUCGGUGGCCUUCGAAUCUCUCACGGGCAUGCUCGCGCCGCCGUCACCCAUUACACCACAGAUGUAUAUGCAACAAGGGUUGCCAUUCUUCGCGUCCGAUGGCGAGGGAGCCGUCACUGACGGGGGACAUAAUCUAGUCGGCGCGAAGAGUGUGGGUGAGCUCGAUGCGAUUGGAGGAAAUGUUCAGCUAGGAUCGAACUUGAGUGGUUCGACCAAGGUGGGAUGUACUUGUUGUGGAAGAAUGUUAUGUGACUCGAUUCUUCGCCCCUGCAAUCACAUCUUCUGCUCUUCAUGCAUCACCAACUACAUGACCUACGGCAAUGCCGUGGUCUGCCGCGUCUGCAACACUCGCACAACCAAACUCCUUGGCUUCUCGGCGCCCAUGGCCCUUCCCGGCGAAGACCGCGUUGACCUCGGCAAUGCAAAGGUUAUAACCAUCCAGCCCUUCGAGGGUGAUCUAGGGUUUUAUAGCAUUUAUGAGUUGGAUGCAGUGACGAAGACUCAGACAACGGUGUAUGAGCUCCCGGGCUAG